AUGUGUUUGAUAGCUUUAUCCAGCGAAAUUCCAGUUGAGGAAAUUGUAGAUUCUGUAAUAUUGAUGCAAUGUUAUUAUUAUGUCUUCUCAAAUGGAUAUGAGAGCCCCCACCAUCAGCAGCAACAACAGCCGCUACAGCUGCAACCUACUGGUGGAGAGCACCAUUUUGGUGUGAACUCUGAAACCAUUGCUGAGGUGGGAUGGUAUGUUCUUGGAGAAAAUCAGCAGCAGGUGGGCCCAUAUGCUAUCUCAGAGCUGUGCGAGCAUUUCUUAAAUGGAUACCUUUCGGAAAACACACUUGUAUGGUCAGAAGGAAGAACUGAAUGGCAGCCAUUGUCCUCAGUUCCUGAGUUGUGGACAAGAAUUUACUCACAGGGAUCUGAUUAUUCAGCUGCAGAGUUUGAGAGAUGGCAGAAUGAGAUAAAGGAAGCAGAAGCACAAUUUGAAGGGUCUGAAUUUGGAUCUGUUUCUGGUGAUGUUGGGGCUGAAAUUGGAGGUGAUUCUGAUAGACCUUCCACCCCACCUGAGGGUGAAGAAGAAUUUACUGAUGACGAUGGGACUAAAUAUAAGUGGAAUAAGAAUCUUAGGGUUUGGAUUCCCCAGGAGUACCCAUCUGGCAGCAAUGAUCCUUAUGGAGUUGAAGAGAUGACUUUCUUGGAGGAAGAGGAAGUUUUCCCCUCGUUAACUGGUUCUGAUGCUUCUUUAAAGGAUGAAGGUUCAAAACUAAGUAGUUCUAUGGCUUCAACAAAGGAAGAAGAAAGUGUUACCGAUAUGGGAGCUGAAGGAAAGAACGAUGGAAAGAGGAAGCUUUCAGAUAAGCAAGACGAAAAGAAGGAAGCUAAUAAACCGCCUGAUAGUUGGUUUGAGUUAAAAGUCAAUACACAUGUUUAUGUCACUGGGUUGCCGGAGGAUGUUACCACUGAAGAAGUGGUGGAGGUGUUUUCCAAGUGUGGCAUUAUAAAGGAGGACCCUGAAACCAAAAGGCCUCGAAUCAAGCUUUAUGUUGAUAAAGAGACUGGAAAAAAGGGAGAUGCAUUGGUCACAUAUCUGAAGGAACCCUCAGUUGCUUUGGCAAUUCAAAUAUUGGAUGGAACUCCUCUUCGCCCUGGUAGCAAGAUUCCCAUGUCUGUCACCCAUGCUAAAUUUGAGCAAAAAGGAGAAACAUUCAUAGCGAAGCAAGUAGAUAAUAAAAAGAAGAGGAAAUUGAAAAGAGUGGAAGAGAAGAUGCUUGGCUGGGGUGGUCGUGAUGAUGCAAAAGUUUCAAUUCCAGCCACCAUCAUCCUUCGUUAUAUGUUCACACCCACGGAAUUAAGGGCUGAUGAAAAUUUACGUUCAGAGCUAGAAGAAGAUGUUAAAGGGGAAUGUGUGAAGCUUGGCCCUGUGGACUCGGUGAAGAUUUGUGAGAAUCAUCCUCAGGGUGUUGUUUUAGUGAAAUUCAAGGAUAGGAAGGAUGCUCAGAAGUGCAUAGAAUUGAUGAAUGGGAGAUGGUUUGGCGGAAGACAGAUACAUGCCAGUGAGGAUGAUGGUUCAGUUGAUCAUACCGCUAUCCGGGAUUACGAUGAAGAUGCCAUGCGACUGGAGCAGUUUGGCGCAGAACUUGAAGCUGACUGAGUUUAAUUCGCUUGAUCUGAUUUUUACCUUAGUAACUCCUUAUUCGAGCGAGACUUCCUGAGAUCUUGACUUUUCACUUUGGUAUUAAUCUAUUGGAUUAGUCAGAGUUGUAGCUUCCAGUUCUUAUUUUCUCAACUUUAUCUACUUUUCUGUGUAACAUGGGUUUUCAAUCGGCAGGUUCAUGCCACAUUUACACUCAUUUGCACACUGACAAAUGUGUGCUAUAUUGCUAGCAGGAUUUUUAUUUUUGCUGUUCUCAAAGAAGGUACAGAACUUUGUAUAUAGCGGGCGCUUUCUUUGGGCACGGUGAUGUCAAAAGAAGCAUUUGAGGCUCAUGUUUAAUUGUUUUCAAA